UCCAGCGACGUGUCUGUUCCGUCAGUCAAUUAAGCAAAAGGACAAGUGAAGUGACAUGUGAAUGUUUCUUUUAUUCUGGCCUCAACUAUGAAUCUAAAGUGAAAUAACACACAGUACAAACAUGUCUUUGGCAUUUUCGCGUAACAUCUGCAGGGUUUUGUCCCGACAGGCCGCGUCGUCACGUUUGCGCCUGGGAGAACAACAGCAUGGUGUACAAACUCCAUGGUUUUCACCUGUGAUGACACUGAAGACCUCUGCUCCUCUGAGAGCGGAGCCGAAAAAGAAGAAGAAAGUGGACCCAAGGAGGGAGCAGCUGAUGAGAGAGCGACUAAAGAAAAAGUUGAAGAAACUGGAGAAGGUUCCACCUGAGCUCAUCCCCAUAGAGGACUUCAUCACUCCAAUUAAAUGUUUGGAUGAAACAAAGGAGCGAGCUGCUCUAAGGAUGUCUUUUGAAGAAAGCGAGGGUCGAGCAUUGCUUCUGAAGGAAUGGAGUCGAUAUAAACAGAAGCAGCACUUAGCUGAAAUGGAGGCUGUAGAACAUGCUUUGGAAGCACAGAGGGAGGCACUGGAAGAACUCAAGCUGGAGUCAGAGGAGCUGUACCAGGCAGCACUAAAGCCAGACCCAGUUCUCUUUCCCUUCACUCGUGAGGGUCCUGCCUACACACCACCAAUCCCAAAUUAUGAUGGUCCGGAUGGGAAAUAUAAUGACAUCACUAAAGUGUACACACAGUGAUGGACCAAGGAACAACUAUGGGUGCAGUGUCCAUGGAUUGUUUCAAUGUACUUGUGAGCCAAGAUAGUCUUUCAACAGCCUGCAAGUUCAGGGCUGAGAGACAGUUUUUGUUUUGUUUUCCCUCAAUGUGUGAUGCUUGCAGUCACAUCAGUUACUGUAGAACAAAUUAAUAAAAUUAGCAUCAAUUUGU